AGCCGGGCACAGCCGAUUGGAGCCGAGCAGAGCCGAGGUGCGGAGCCGUGUGAGGGAAGACGUGCCCGGUGCCCCGGGACCGCCCGCGCCGCUGCAUGGCCGGGAAGGAGCUGAUGGUGGUGUUCGGGGCCACCGGGGCCCAGGGCGGCAGCGUGGCCCGGGCGCUGCUGGACGAUGGCACCUUCAAGGUACGAGCGGUGACGCGGAGCCCCAGGAAGAAGCCGGCGGAGGAGCUGAGGCGCAGCGGAGCCGAGGUGGUGAAGGCGGAUCAGGACGAUGAGGCAUCGCUGGAAAGGGCCUUGGCGGGUGCCUACGGUGCCUUUAUUGUCACCAACUUCUGGGAACACUGCAGCAAGGAGAAGGAAAUCGAGCAGGGACAGCGUCUCGCUGACGUGUCCAAGCGCCAGGGUCUGCGCCACGUUGUGUUCAGCGGCCUGGAGAACGUGCACCAGCUGACGGGGGGCCGGCUGGAGGUGCUGCACUUUGAUGGCAAAGGCGUGGUGGAGGAGUACUUCCAGAAAAUUGGGGUUCCCACCACCAUCAUCCGGCUGCCGUUCUACUUUGAGAACUUCCUCUCCAUCUUCAAGCCACAGAAGGCCCUGCAGGGAGACACCUUUGUCCUGGAGCUGCCCAUGGGGGACACCCCCAUGGAUGGGAUGGCUGUGGAGGACCUUGGGCCCGUUGUACUUGGCCUCCUGAGGUCCCCAGGGGAGUACAUCGGCCAGGUGAUAGGACUCAGCACGGGCAAGCUCACCGAGGCAGAGUACGCUGCCAUCCUCUCCCAGCAGACGGGCAGGACUGUGACAGCCAGCAAGAUCUCCCCUGAGGAGUACGAGAAGCAGGACUUCCCUGGGGCCAAGGAGACGGCUGCCAUGUUCCGUUUCUACGCCCUAAAGCCAGACCGCAGCGUGGCCCUGACCAUGGAGCUCAACCCCAGGGCCCGCACCUUCCAGCAGUGGGUGGGGGACAACAAGAAUGCCUUCUGAGCCUCCCCUCCCUCCCUGGUUUCUGCAGCAGUAGGGGGACCUGGCUGAGGUGAUGUGCCCUGAGCCAUGCUGCCUUCCCAGUAGCGCCCCAGGGAGGGGCUGGUCCUGCCCCAGUGUGUGUGCAGCGUGGUUGGGAAGAUUUAGGCAGCUAGAACAAGAGGAGGAGCUGGACAGCACAGGCAGAGGGGUGGCAGAAGCACUGCCUUUGCACUCUGUCCUCAGGGAGGUGUUGCUUUAGUCGUUGUGGGGGUUUUAGGGUGGUGGGGGCUAGUUUUCCUAGGAUCACCUCCUUUCCCAGGCAGCUCUGAGCAUAUGGCAGCAGGUGAAGUUGCCAUAGGCUGAAGGUGUGUAACCCAGGGCCCCAAAGGCAGGUAUCCAUGGCCAGGGCUGCUGCAGGCUCCUGAGCAAACAGAAGACAAGGAUUUCUCCAUGGAUCUGAUUUGGGCACUGCAGGUGAGCCACUGGAGAGAAUGAAAGCUUAGUGUCACCCCAGCAAGCAGGGAGUGACUUCUUGUGAGUGUAACACAAAAGCUGAGCCUGAUUCCUCAUCAUACAGCUCUGGUCCUUGGGCUCCUGGAGCUAACUUCAGUCACUGUACCAAGGAGCUGAUAUAAAACUUGACUUUUUUUAAGACUGUCCAAGGCUCAGUGGAAAAGCCCCUUCCCCCUCACAUGCCUAAAAUACUGCUCAGAUAGGGCAGCUUUGUGUUUAGAGUCAAUCCCAGCCCCUAGCAAUGCUUGAGCCAUCCAACCCUGUCCCCUCCUUGUCCCAGAGACCUUCAUUCCUGUUACUAGGGGAGGGAAAGGGGGUAACAGAGCAUGUGGAAGAGUAGACAAGGCAGCAAGGCACAGCACAUGUUAAAUAUCUUUAUGAAGUCCAUCUUAUUUACAUGGGUACAGAAUCACUUUACAGAAGUUUAAUCAGGAGGCAAUGCGUGCUUUAUUUCAGCAAAUUAAGUAGGGCAAGACUACAGCAUGUCCCUGCUGAACUGGUGUUGAACUGAUUAGUAUGUGGGCUGAUGGUACCUGCACAGUAUCACAAACACAGCAGGCUACAGUAACCAUGGAAUACUCACUGCAAGAGCUCAGCUCCAUCUGGAGGGAGUGAUCCACCUCACUUGCACUCUCACACAAGUAAAACAACGAUGCUUUGACCAAUCCUUUACGCUAUGGGUGUUGCACUAAAGUAAUAAAAGAUUUUUGUCCCCAA